AUGAACAUGACUAGCAUUCCUUCAGCAAUAUCAGACACCAUUCUGAACAUGACACUCUUGGAUCUGGUGCCUCACUUCCAAAGUUUCAGCCCAGGGGACUUUGCCUUGUGGUUCCAGACUUACCUUUCCUUCUUCCUUCCUGGGAUUGGUCCAAACACCCUGUCGAUCAUCCCCAUGAACAUCAGCUGUGACUCCUACAGAGAGAUAGUGAAAGGACUUGAUAAUGUGUACAGUGACCUCUCUGCAACACAGUCCGACACUGUCUUCAAUUACACACAAGACUAUCUCAAGUACCAGUCCAGCCAAGGCCUGAGCUGCUACGGCAGAGGAAGCUUCUACGUGUUCCUGAAACAGAUGUUCCUCAAUUUUGGAUUCCCUGACCUGAAAGAUUUCCUGUCUCUGAUCCCAGCUGACCGACAGGCAGAGCUUUUGUGCUCCAUCUCUCCGGAAGAACUCAGCGAGUUUCUGAACAGGCCAAACACAGUCAUUGAUGGUUCUGAGCUCUGCACACUCCUCAACAACUACAAUAGAACCAAUCAAUACCUGGAGAUGGGGUCUGUUUUAUCCUCAGCUUUGGCCAGCCACACGUUGGGGUGUGUGUGGCCUCGUGCUCUCAAUGCCUCGUCUCAGGCUGAUGUAGAACAGUGGUUUAAUGUCACCCUGGUUCACUACCUGCCCUACCUCAGUUCUCAGCUCAUCAGCUCUGCCCAGCUCAGUGGCGCCUCCUGUCUGUCAUACAGGAAACUGUGAGUAUUUGUUUGAUGUACCAUUACACAGGGUUGUCAGCACAAACACUGCCCCCUGUCUCUUGGCUAAAAAAUUGAGGAUCUGUACUAAAAUCACUUCUAUAUGUAUAUAUGUAUGUAUGUAUAAAUGUGUGUUUGUGUGUGCUUGUGAGCAGGGUGUCUAUCCUGGGGGACAACUACAAUUUUUCCACAACUGAUUUCACCCCAGCUGAUGUGUAUAGCUCCAUAAAAGUGUAUCUGAACAGCAGCGGUAAGAAUAACUAUAUCUCUCUUCUCUCUCUCUCUCUCUCUCUCUCUCUCUCUCUCUCUCUCUGCUGAAUAGUACUGCAUAUCCUUCAAUCGAAGCAAUCCAUGCUUCAUUUCCUAUAAUUGUGUGUGCACAGUAUGUGAGUCUCAACAUAACUAUCUGUAUGUGUAUCUUGCAGA